CGCUUGAAGUCCGUAAGCAGGCAAAAUUAGUGCUAUGCAUACUCCGUAAAUUUCUAGAAUCCUUUCCCGACAUACAUUGCGUGUCCAAUAUGGAGGAACUGACAGUAGAGGUCCGUGGCUCCAACGGAGCAUAUUACAAGGGGUUUGUCAAAGAUGUCCAUGAUGACUCUCUCACCAUUGUCUUCGAAAAUAACUGGCAACCCGAGCGACAGGUUCCUUUCAGCGAUGUGCGGUUACCUCCCCCGUCCGAUGCCAAAAAGGACAUCGGAGAAGGGGAAGAGGUGGAGAUUUACUCCAGAGCCAAUGAACAGGAGCCGUGCGGCUGGUGGCUGGCCAAAGUGAGGAUGAUGAAGGGCGAUUUCUACGUGAUCGAGUACGCCGCCUGCGACGCCACGUACAACGAGAUCGUCACCUUCGAGCGCCUCCGGCCCGUCAACCUCAACAAGGCUGUCACCAGGAGCACCUUUUUCAAGUGCACCGUCGCCGUCCCCGAUGAUCUGAAGCCCGCGUGUGAACACGAACAAGCGCACAAAGACUUCAAAAAGGCGGUGGGAGCCUGCAGGAUCGUCUACAGUCCAGAAACGAGCAAAUUAGUCGUACUGUCGAAAAACGAGGCGACAGUGAAGAGGGUCGCCAUCCUGAGCGACAUGCACCUGCGCAGCAUUCGCACCAAGCUGAUGCUCAUGUCCAGAAACGAGGAGGCCAACAAGCACCUGGAGAACACAAAGCAGCUGGCGUCCGCCUUCCAAGAGGAGUUCUUCGUCAGGGAGGACCUGAUGGGCCUGGCCAUCGGCAGCCAUGGCAGCAACAUUCAGCAGGCCAGGAAGGUGCCGGGGGUCACGGCUAUCGAGCUCGACGAGGACCGGGGAACUUUCCGGAUCUACGGAGAGAGUGCUGAAGCCGUACAGAAGGCGAGGAGUUACCUCGAGUUCAUCGAGGACUCCGUGCAGAUCCCCAGGAACCUGGUCGGCAAGGUGAUUGGCAAGAACGGAAAGGUCAUCCAGGAGAUUGUGGAUAAAUCCGGGGUGGUUCGCGUUCGCAUCGAAGGUGACAAGGACAACAAACUCCCUCGACAAGAAACGCAGGGAAUGGUUCCCUUCACGUUUGUCGGCACGAAGGAGAGCAUCGGGAACGUUCAGGUUCUCCUCGAGUACCACAUCGCCUACCUGAAUGAGGUGGAGCAGCUGCGUCUGGAGCGGCUGCAGAUCGACGAGCAGCUCCGGCAGAUCGGCAUGGGGCUGCGGCCCUCGUCCGGACGUCCCGCCGACAAGGAGAAGGGCUACGCCACGGACGAGAGUGCCCCGGGCCCCGCUCUGCGCGGGAGCCGGUCCUACACCGGGCGGGGCCGCGGUCGCCGGGGGCCCAACUACACCUCCGGCUACGGCACGAACUCGGAGCAGUCCAACGCCUCGGAGACGGACUCGGAGCGCAAGGACGAGCUGAGCGACUGGUCGCUGGCCAGGGAGGAGCCGGAGAGGGGGCCCCGGCAGAUGAGGGACAGCCGGAGGCGACCCGGCACGGGACGGGGGGGCCGCGGAGGGCUCAGCGGCCGGGGGCGAGGGGCAGCGAGGGGGGGCUCCUCCUCCUCCAUCAGCGCAGUGCUGAGGGACCCGGACAGGAACCCCUACAGCGUGCUGGACAACACCGAGACGGACCAGACCGCGGACACGGACGCCAGCGACUCGCAGCUCAACACCAGCCGCCGCCGCCGGUCCCGCCGCCGCCGCACGGACGAGGACGCCACGCUGAUCGACGGCCUGAGCGAGUCCGACAACGGCUCGCUGAGCGAGAACGGCAUCGAUGAUCUGGAGGCGAAACCCCAGCGGCGUAACCGUAGCCGCCGCCGCCGGUUCCACCCGCCCGAGGAGAGGCAGCCAGUUACGGUGGCUGAUUACAUAUCGCGUGCCGAAUCGCAGAGCAGACAGAGGAACGUUAAGGACCUGAAGAAGAACAAGAAAGAGCUGGGGCAGGUGGAGUUCAUAGAGGAACACGGCCCCUCGGCCGCGACCAGCAACGGUCCCGCCAGCCAAGGAGAGGAACUGGAGAAAUCGCCGGACGUCGCCGCGGAGACCGCCGCCAAAUCCGAGUACCGGGAGGAGGGAACCCCGGCGGCUGUGCUCAACGGGGUCUCCUAAAGGCUCGCUCUCCGUACGAAAAACCAUAACUUCUACAUUUACAAUAGUGCUUGUACAAGCUUGCCAAAGACAGACGUGUGGACUUCCAGAUUCUUUAUCGCACUUUUUCAGUUCCUUCCUAUUGGAACCCAAGAGGGGACGGAUCCAGAAUUAAAAAAAAAAAAAAAAUUAAAAAAAAAA